CUACCAGGGAAUCAGCCUUUGUCCAUGCCAUUGCCUCUGCUGGGGUGGCUUUUGCGGUGACCAGAUCCUGCGCCGAGGGCUCGGCCACCAUCUGCGGCUGUGACACCCGCCACAAAGGCUCUCCCGGGGAAGGCUGGAAAUGGGGGGGCUGCAGCGAGGACGUGGAGUUUGGGAGCAUGGUGUCUCGGGAGUUUGCGGAUGCCCGAGAGAACAGACCAGACGCUCGGUCAGCCAUGAACAGGCACAACAACGAAGCUGGAAGGACCUCUAUUAUUGAACUCAUGCAUCUUAAGUGCAAAUGUCACGGCCUCUCAGGCAGCUGUGAAGUGAAGACCUGCUGGUGGUCUCAGCCAGACUUCAGGGUCAUCGGUGACUACCUCAAGGACAAGUACGACAGUGCUUCUGAAAUGGUGGUGGAGAAACAUCGAGAAUCCCGUGGCUGGGUCGAGACCCUCAGGCCCAAAUACAACUUCUUCAAGGCUCCAACUGAGAAGGACCUGGUUUACUAUGAGAACUCACCAAACUUUUGUGAGCCCAACCCUGAGACAGGUUCCUUUGGGACACGUGACAGGAUCUGUAAUGUCACUUCCCAUGGGAUUGAUGGUUGCGACCUUUUGUGCUGCGGCCGUGGGCACAACACGAGGACUGAGAAACGGAAAGAGAAGUGCCACUGUAUCUUCCACUGGUGCUGCUAUGUCCGCUGCCAGGAGUGCAUACGAGUCUACGAUGUCCACACGUGCAAAUAAAAGAGGCAAACUCCCUUUGCUGGGGUCCAAGUGGAGAAAUGGAUUUGAGCUUACUUCCUCUGAGGUUGCAGACAUGAGAGAAGUCUACCUUUUUAUAUUAAAAGAAUAAAAACUUUAAAAAAGGCUAAAACUGGUCAGAUAGAAUAGGUCUAAUGACUUCUGGGCUGUCCCGAGGUACGUCUGGCAGUCACACAAGUUACACCCUGAUGAUGACUCCUGCAGGAGACAGCGGUUUUCCAACCAGCUGACAACACAGACCUGGAAAGAAGAGCAUUCGCAAAAGCAUGGAUUUGCUCUGCUCUCACCCACCUGAAGUGACUGGUGUGAUUAAGUGUCCUUUGAAAGACUUGCAUCUUCCUAAGUAUCUCCUUUUCUCUCAGCCAGGCCGAGGCUGUGUUGGACAGCAACACUAAGCUUUCUGAGAUUAUCGGCAUACCCAAAUGGCCAGACUUUGUGUAUAAUACGAGCAACAACAACAGCAGUAAAAGAAAUAAAAGCAGAUAAAUUAAUGAU